GGCCGACGCUGGUGAUCACGGAGUACUGUUGCUAUGGAGAUCUGCUCAACUUUCUGCGUAGGAAGAGAGAGACGUUCUUCAGCGCCCAGGCUGCUGAUGGGUACUACCGCAACAUCAACAACCCCCGAGAACCACAGAGAGAUGGGAACGGCAGCAGUUACAUGCCUAUGCGUCCGUCCUCUCAGUCAGAUGAUAAGGGGUGUCUGAGUAUAGAUGAGUUGUCUGUGGACACAGAGGAUCUACUGAGCUUCUCCUACCAGGUGGCAAAGGGCAUGGAGUACAUCACCUCUAAGAAUUGUAUCCACAGAGACCUAGCAGCCAGGAACAUUCUGCUGACUCAGGGUAGAGUAGCCAAGAUCUGUGACUUCGGACUGGCCCGAGACAUCACCACCGACUCCAACUACGUCCUCAGAGGCAAUGCCCGUCUCCCAGUGAAGUGGAUGUCUCCAGAGAGUAUCUUUGACGGUGUUUACACCUUGGAGAGUGAUGUUUGGUCAUAUGGUAUCCUGCUCUGGGAAAUAUUCUCUUUAGGCAGCAGUCCAUACCCUGGUAUGCAGGUGGGUUCAGCGUUCUACAGGAUGAUCCAGGAAGGACACAGAAUGAACAGGCCUGAUGUGGCUCCCAGAGAAAUUUAUGACAUGAUGUUGUCCUGUUGGAGUGAGGACCCUCUGAAGAGACCUUCCUUCAGGAAAGUAGUCGAGAGGACUGAACUACUCCUGUCAGAACACACCAAGAAUGUGUACCUGAACCUGAGCUAUGGAAGUGUUCCUCCAGACCAGCAGAGGGCAGCGUCUCACAGGCUGAGCUCAGUGAGCAGCACUACGGCCCCGACACAACCGCUACUGCUGAAUACUGCUGACGUGUUUCUGGACUACGACACCGUCUGAAUAAUGGACACACUGGACACACACACACACACAGGCGUAAACACACACACACACACACACCUACAAACUCAGCACCGCCAAUUUUCUGGACUCGGACACUGUCUGAAUAAUGG